AUGCCGACCACCCAACUGAACGUCGUAGUCUCUCAACCACGAGUAUUGGCCGGAGAAUUUCUUAAUGCACGGGUACUCCUAGAUUCGGCUGAUCCUGAUACGGUCAUUCACAGCUUAACCGCUGAAAUAAAAGGAGUUGGCCGGACGGGUUGGGUGAAUAUUCACACCGAUAAGAUAUUUGAAACAGAAAAGUUAUAUUUCCAUAGCCAAGUGGCGCUAUGUCCACCGGAUAUGCCAAUUCCUGCUGGGAAACAUCAGUUCCCUUUGCAGGUGAUGAUCCCAGAAAAUGUUCCCAGCAGCUAUGAAAGUCAAUUUGGAUCGGUUCGUUAUCAGAUAAAAGUGGUCCUGACAGCUAAUACAGACCAGGUCAGUUCGGAUUUACUUGUGCCGUCAACGCCGAUCCACAAUUCCGAAAAUGCCGGAUUUUUAGGCGUCAUGUUCUGA